AUGACAACAGAGAAGGCUUUGGCUGGGGAGAUGAAGAGUGCGAUGGAGGAUGACGCCAAGAGAACCAAUCAGGUUUCAGAGGACCAUGGGGAAAUGGAUGAUAGCUCAGAGAAGACCCCCAGUAAGGCCUCCAAAUCCCCACAGAAGAGCUCCAAGAGGCCCAAGACUGUCCCUGUCAAAGUCAUGCUACUUGACGGCUCAGACUAUGACACAUCAGUUGAGAAAUUUGCUAAGGGCCAAACCCUGCUGGACAUGGUGUGUGGCCAUCUGAACCUGCUGGAGAGGGACUACUUUGGCUUAAUGUUCCAGGACUCAGACAACACCAAGAAUUGGUUGGAUCCCUCCAAAGAGAUUAAGAAGCAAAUUCGGGUUGGCUCCUGGUGCUUUGGGUUUUCGGUAAAGUUUUAUCCCCCAGACCCCUCCAUACUUAUUGAAGACAUCACCAGGUACUACCUGUGCCUGCAGCUGAGGGAUGACAUCCUAUCAGGUCGUCUGCCCUGUUCCUUCGUCACCCAUGCGCUGCUGGGCUCCUACACAGUCCAGGCUGAACUGGGGGACUAUGAGCCUGAGGAGCACGGCCCAGACUAUGUCAGCGACUUCCGCUUCGCUCCCAACCAGACACGAGAGCUGGAGGAGAGGGUGAUGGAGCUGCACCGCAACUACAGGGGCAUGAGUCCAGCAGAGGCGGAGGUGAACUUUCUAGAAAAUGCCAAGAAGCUGUCCAUGUACGGAGUGGACCUGCAUCACGCCAAGGACUCAGAGGGCAUUGACAUCAUGCUGGGUGUGAGUGCCAACGGGCUGCUUAUCUACCGAGACCGUCUCAGGAUCAACCGAUUCGCCUGGCCCAAGAUCCUCAAAAUCUCCUACAAGAGGAGCAACUUCUACAUUAAGAUCCGUCCAGGAGAGUAUGAACAGUUUGAGAGCACCAUAGGCUUCAAGCUACCCAACCACCGGGCCUCUAAACGCCUGUGGAAGGUCUGCAUUGAGCAUCACACCUUCUUCAGGUUGGUAUCGCCAGAGCCACCUCCCAAGGGCUUCCUAGUGAUCGGCUCCAAGUUCCGGUACAGCGGGCGGACUCAGGCCCAGACCCGACAGGCCAGCGCUUUGAUCGACCGGCCUGCCCCUCAGUUUGAUCGCUCUGUUAGCAAGAGGUACCUGCUACCCCGAAGUGUAGAUGGAGCUUCAGCUCUUGGCGACAGCAUGGACCAGCUGUCCCAAAGAAGCUCCAGCAGUCGCACCCAGUUCAUGUCCAGAGAAGAUCUGGACCAAGAGGGCAGUCUGGACCUAGAACACGACCGGUACAACUAUCAGGACCAUGACCAGGAUGACUAUCCUGACCAGGAGCUAGAACAGCAUCAAGGUCUGGACCGGGAUCACGACCAGGUGCAGAUGAGGAGGGCUGCUAGUGCCGCCACUCCCACCAAGGCCUUGGAGCUUAAGGGUGAGGAGGCAGGCUCGCCUAUAGACUCAAAGCCAGAGGAUCUGGCCACCCCUCGGCCCAAACAGGAGCAGUUCUUGGAUAAGCCAGAAGAUGUUCUGCAAAAGCACCAGGCCAGCAUCAACGAGCUGAAGAUGGCUCUGAGGCAGCCCAAUAGCAAGCUGACCCAAAGAGAGAAGCGCCUCUCAUCUGCCACCCCUCCUGGCACCCCAGAGAGGAAACCGGCGACUGGUGAUGCCAAAUACAUUGACAAGCAAGAUGUAUAUGAAGGAGCCCUGGAUAUUUGUUCCAAGGUGGAAAAAAAUCAAACCCCCCACUAUAAACUGCACCCUGUUGAGUCCACUAUGGGUAGAGACAUGUUCUCAGUUACACCUUGGAAGGAUAUGGAGUCUCAUGAUAGCCACAGUGGAGCAAAAACAAUCAUGAACAAAUGUCAGGCACCUCGGGACUCUUUUAAGUCUACAACAUUUGGGUCAGGGUCCGCAAAACAUGAAAAGGAACUCCCUGCAACAGGGCUCAAGAAUAUGGGCACCAUGGACAAUUCUACAGCAACUAAUGGCCAUUUGCAUGGUGCUGUCAUGACAAGGAAUGGUGUUCAAGAGAAUGGAUUCGGCUCUCCACCUGCAGACAGCAUCUUUGCCAAACAAAGGGCCGACGCGAAAAACACUGAGUUUAGGCAGUCUCAGCAUCAGUACCACUUUCAUCAACAGGCACCAAAGAACUUCGACGCUCCAGUGGCAGCAAAUUCUUUCCCAGAGGGCAAUGGGAGUAUAACUGAAGCCAGCAGGAAGCAAUCUGAAUCUUGGAAAACAAAAGACCCAAACCCCGAGAGAACAAAAGAGAGCGUCAAAGCUGGAAACUCAAAGUCUGAAGUCACCAAAAUAGCUCCUCUCAAGCCACAGAGAUCAAAGAAGUCUUUGAAUAAAGGGAACAAAGGUGUUGUAAACCGUCUCCCACAUACCCAAGCCGAUGGAGGGAUCCUUGCUGCAGCUUUUGAUACACAGAUGAUGAAAUCAAUAGGGGGUCCCUGUGAAAUUGGAGCAAGGGUGGAUGAUAUUGUGGCAGUGCAAUCUACCAUCGACAGCAUUAACCAAAACCAAUCAUCCACUAAACACCGCACCGAGGCCUCUCAGGAGGUUUCUCAAUUUCAUCCGCGGGUGUUAGACCAGCAGGAGCUCCCAGAUGUGAGGGAUAUCACAAAACUAAGUCAGUGUACAAGCAGAGACAUGCUAGUCCAAGAAGACCACCCGCAAAACUACCAACAAUCUAAAGAAGGCCUCAACUCUGGUUCGAAGUUUUCUGCUAGUCACACAACGCCGCCCCGAACGCUUCCUCUGAAAACACAAUGGUCCAGAGAGACCAAUGUCCGCAGCAGACAGGGCAACAUGGACACCAGCCACAUCCACUACAGGAACUCCAGCCAAGAAGCAACCAAGAGAAAGCAAGCGGAGACACCUCCCACACCUGCCAUUCAUGAGGAGCCGUUCAGUGAAACCUCCAGGGAGCUGUGGGAAAGGCGCCUGGGUUCUGUCUCGGAGGACGAUCAGGACCACGAGACCUUGUACCUGAAGGAGACCCACCUGGGUAUCGAGCGCAAAUGCUCCAGCAUCACGGUCAGCUCCACUUCCAGCCUGGAGGCGGAGGUUGAUUUCACCGUCCUUAUGGACCUCCACACAGGCAUGGAGGAGUUCUCCAGGGGCAUGACAGAGCUGGGUGAAAGGGACCUGUCGCCUGACAGGGGUCUUUGCAUGGGUAUCGACUUUCUUCAGCAGCAGCAGGGUCCCUUUGAGCCACCUCCCCCCCUGGUGUCGGCUCCCAUCUCCAGGGGAGCAAGCAGCAGCCCCCCAGCCAAGCCAGUUCAGGCUGAAGAGGUCAAACCGGAGGUCAAGCGCCAUGAAGGACAGCCUGUCGUGCCGAAAAAACCAAAGAGGUCGGUGCCAGUAUCAUCAUCGGUGGACAGAGAUCAGACACACAGAGACACCGGUCGUGUCACCAACUUCACCGCCCUUAGCAGAGAGGCGAGUGAUGUUACAGCCCCGUCAGCGGGUAGGAAGACCGACGUGAGGACAGAGACACAGCCAAAUGGUUCAGAGGUUACCACUACCAUUGUGGAGUUUACAGAUCAGGAUCAGGGGAUUGGCGGCAUAGGAGAGGUUUCUUAUUCCACGAGGCAAAGUGUCUCCCCUGUACAUGUGGGCAGUCUAGGGAGAGAGGCAUCAGGUUCACCCAUCCUUGUCACUGAAAAUGUUACCUCCGCUACCACUCACGUCACCAAGACAGUGAAAGGAGGAUACUCUGAGACCAGGAUUGAGAAGAGGAUCAUAAUCACAGGAGAUGACGAUGUUGACCAGGAGCAGGCCCUGGCCAUUGCGAUACAGGAAGCAAAACAGCAGCAUCCAGACAUGCUGGUCACCAAGGCAGUUGUUGUCAGAGAAACAGAAUCAUCCACAGAGGAUCCGCAUGGAAGAUCUGAGUUACAGGAAAGUGCUAAAGGCUACAAGGCACAGAUUGCGGAAAAACUUGAGAAAGCACUUUACUGUGCCAGUUGGGGUCUACGGGGCUGCCCUCUGCUGGCAGUUAGUGCAGAGUACAGGUCAUGA